AUGAAGACGGAGUCUAGCCGUCGCCGCUUACGUUCGUGUGAUUGUUCUUCAUCCUCUGAUGAGGACGGUUUUGAUGAGCUUGGGAAUUUUCAGAAGAUCCAGAAGACCUUGUCUGACCGUAGGCAUCGAAAAUUGGCCAUCGACAGAGAGACAACUUCGCGGAGGCCGGUGUGGUUCUGGAGUGAAUUUAACAACUGGUGGAGGCAGGAGCUUGAUCGCCUUGGUAAACGUCCUGGAAAGCCAAGCAUCGUGCAAUGGUAUGAACUGAACGCAACGCGCGUUUGGCCUCAAGACACACCAAGCUUCACGGAGACACGGCUACAUGCAAAAUGCCUCCGGUCUACGGAGGCCGUCCGUGACUACUUUCGCCGGUAUCGGGCUGCGCGCAAGGAACAACAAAACGAGCACGCUGCCGAUGGACAUAGCCAUGGAGGCGCCGCUACUAGCGGUGGCGGCGCCAGCGGCGACACGUCCCACAUCGGCGCUUCCCAUCCAGACCGUCACCACUGCAGCGCUCGCAUCAACAACACCGCAUCUGAGGAAGACGCGCCGAUGGACCCUGCUGCCCUCAUCGCGCAGCACAACAUGCUGAUCGCCAAAGCGCAAGGCCAGCAACAGAUCCAAGCUCGAAUUCAAAUGCAAUCGGUGAUGUAUGCCAGCACCUGGAACCACCCGCUGCUGCCAUUGCCGCAGUGCAGCAGCCGCGUCGGCGGCGAGGGUCGGAGUCUAGCGGGAGGGGCGGCAGCGCAGGCCAUUGCCGGCGGCGUUAUGUGGAAUCAGCAAGCUGGAGGGAAGGAGAAGCGCUGGAGCGAUGAAUCGUCGGCCACAGACCGCGGCACCAGCAGCAUGUGCAGCAAGCAGCAUGUGCGGCAGGUGGAGGGGGAGGACAAGGUUGUGGCGGAAGAGCAGGGUCUGGAGCAUAUUGCAGGUUCAGGGGACGACGGCUCCGAAAUCGAUGAGGAUCAGGAGGACCUGGAAGGGGGCUGUUGGAGGCAGCAGCCGCAGCAGACCGGGAUGCCAUUUUGGCGACAACGGCCCAACACCUUUCUGCCGCAUCACAGGGGCGCGGAGCAACAGCCGCACGAUGGUUGGGCUGAACGGUUACCCAAACUCGAGCAGCAACAAGCCAUGGCGUGCGCGCCGGCCUCUCAGCAGCGAUCCCAAUGGCGGCCUCCCUCCUGCGACUCGAUGCCCACAAAUACGAUGCCGUAUGGGUCGGACGCAAAGCCCCAUGGCGCUGCCUGUCACAGCAGCGGUGCUUCGUUCACGGUUCGGUCCGGGUACCUCGCAUGGAACAGUACCGCUCUUGCACAGCAGGAGCAGCAGCAGCUCUUGCUCCGGGAUCGACAUCAGGGCCGGCACCGGCUGCUGCGUGUCCGGGCUACGAAGUGCGCUGACUUGGUUUCACCGAACUCGCUACUGAUUCCCGCACCGCCGCUUCCUGUUGUACCAAUGCGCGCGGGCGAAUGGCUGAUGCCUCCGGGAGGCGCGGCGACGGCAAGUCGGCACAAGCCAGAUGGGUCGCUUGUCGAGGCCGUCAAGCAGGUGGAGCAGAACCAAGAGCAGCAGCAGCAGGAGCAACAGCACAUGCGUGAAUGGUACGCUGCCAACGGACGUGGCAUCGGUGGCAUGAUGUGCAUCGAUGAAGGCGAUGAGAUGGAGAUGGUGGAGGAUGACUCGGACAACGAUGACGAGGGCGUCCCGGAAGUCUUUUGGGACUAG